AUGCGAGAUCUCCCAAAAGUUGUAAAUAGCCGUUUAGUGAGGUGGGCUCUCCAGUUGAAUCAAUACAACUAUGACAUAGAGUACAGAAAAGGAGAAGAUAAUGUGUGUGCUGAUGUUCUAUCAAGACUUCCGAUUAAAGAAGAUCAACCUGAGGAGGCUCACAUUGGUUUUUUGAAUGUUGAUAAGGUUAACUCUAUCAUGUCUUAUGACCUCUUGAAACAAAAUUCAUUUACAGAUAAAGCAAUUAAAAUAGCAAAAAACUUUGUAGUGAGAAAUACAUGGCCCCCUGUUGUUCCUGAAAUGUUGAAGUCAUACAAACAGAGGAAAGAUGAAUUGAGUGUUGAAGAUGACAUAUUAUUGUGGUUUGGAAGAAUUGUAGUUCCAGAAUGCAUGAGAACUGAUGUUCUGAAGAUAUUGCACACAGGACAUCCUGGUAUUGUAUCAAUGAGGUCUGUAGCACGACACUAUGUAUGGUGGCCCAACAUGGAUAAAGAUAUCGAAGUUUAUAUCAAGAGGUGCACAUCUUGUCAAGAGAAUCGAGAUAAUGUGGAAGACGUACCAUUAUAUCCUUGGAAUGUGCCUCAUAGAGUUUGGGAAAGGGUACACAUUGAUCUGGCAGGGCCAGUCAACGGAUCUAUGUGGUUGGUAGGUAUUGAUGCUUUGUCAAAGUGGGCAGAAGUGGACUGUCUCAAGACAACAAACUCUUCAACAAUCAUUCAACGAUUGAGAUCUUGGUUUAGUCGAUAUGGAAUACCAAGUGAAAUUGUGACAGACAAUGGACCUCAAUUUGUAUCAAAGGAAAUGGAAACAUUUUUUGAGAAAAAUUCUAUCAACCACAUAAAAACAACUCCUUACCAUCCUAAAAGUAAUGGACUUGUGGAAAGACUAAUUCGUACUUUGAAAAGACGGUUCUACACAACAAAGCAGGAUGUUGGAGAUGGAAUGCUAGCUCUUCAAAAUGUUCUUUUUAGUUACAGAAACUCGCCUCAGAAAACAACUAGUAGGGCUCCUGCAGAAUUGUUUCUCGGUCGUAGACUACCAACAAUUUUUGACAAUAUGAAACCUAAUCUUAGGAAAAAGAUGGAGAUGAAGCUUUGGAAAGAACAAGGGAGGGACAACAAAAACGUUCGAACUUUUGAAGAAGGAGAAGAUGUGUGGAUUAAGAAUGAACAUGGAAAUGGUUGGUCAGCUGGAAUGGUGAAAAAUAAAAAUGGAUUGUACUCAUAUGAUGUACUUUUUGGAGGUGUUAUAAAAAGGAAACAUGCGGACCAGAUGAGACAAAGAAUGGGAGGUGUUGAAUCCGUGUAA